AUGUCAAAAGCGAGGAAUGGCCCACGCACAGGCACGAAGCCUCGGCGCGAUGUGCUGGCAUCGCUCAAAAUGGCCUCUAUGGAGGAGAUCUCCAGAGCCUCCCUUCCUGCAGAGAUAAUGGCUUCGAUCCUCGAUCAUCUCUCCCCCAUCGACCUUAUUCGAGCGGCCCGGGCGUCGAAGCUCCUGCGCGAAAUGGCGUACGAUGAUUCGCGAUGGGUUCAAAGGCUCAAAAGGAUAGGUUGCUGGGAUGAAGCGGAGGCUCGCAAGAAUGCGGAGGAGAAAUUUGGGACAAUUGCGAACAGAGCAAGUGUUGAGCUUCAAGAUUCAACUGUCGCCCAGCAAGUGCCUAGCCAGCCAAAGAUCGAUGUGACCCCAAUAUCAGAUGGCUUUGAUCAGAUCAACCUCUCCGCGUCUGCAGCGAACGAUGUCGUGGACUUGGAUACCGACCCCGUCUUGGGAGCACUGAAACUAGCUAGAUCCAUCAGAGGAGAAGCUCGGCAGGAAUACGGGAAAAUACAUGCGGCACUGGCGCCAUUCUACGAUGACAUCGCUACUCUUGGACCUUCUCCAGAAAAUCUUCUGUUUCAAAGAUAUACGGAGCCGCAGCAACAGGCGCAGAUCCUCUCACAAUUGCAGGCCUUCGCUAGAUGCGACACCACAACAGGAUGCGAAAACCGGCAUGAGAACUUACGAGCCGCCGUCUCCAUGUUCGAGACAGCUGCGUUGAAGGAGUUUAGACACGGCUACGAAACUGAUGAUAUUGAUGGUCGAAUGAAGAACUACGCCCAUGUUCUUUACACGCUAAAUGGCGGGGGCUCGGCUUCUGAGCUAUUCACCCAUCACAAUCAUAUAAUCACGAGAAAAGCCGAACUUGGUCAAACUAACGACUGUAUCGAUACAUUGACUCAGAAGGUGAAGCUCCAUCAGACGCAGGCAUUCUUUACCCGGUUAAGUGUGGCUUUCAAUGAAGAGGUCUCAAUUAUCAACCGUGCCUUUCCCCCAGCCCUCCAAUUAGCCCAACCAUUCGUCGAGAAGGUAGGCCGUGAUGUGCUUUAUCCUUUCCUGACCGCGAUAUUUGAUGAAUUGCAUCGUUCGAACAAGGAGGAGUACCUUGUCUCUGUUUCAAGUACCUUUGCCCAGUGCAUGAAUCUAUGUGACAAUCUGCUACCCAUUCAGAAUUCUCUUGAUACCUUUGAAGAUCUCCUACAUCAGACCAUUGCCCAGGUAUAUGAGCCACAUAUGGAUCUCUAUCUGGCUGAAGAGUUAGACUUCUUCCGAAAAGGCUCAGAAGCCUCUGUCGCAGAGUGGGAUAGACAACUCUCUGAGCAAGCUGCCUCGACUGAGUCAUUUCUCCUGUCCAAUGUGAAUAGGCAAGCUGAUAAACGAGACUUUUUGACUUCUUUUAAGAAGGUGAUCAUGGCACCGGUAAACAUCCUUCCGAGCUUCUCAAACAAGUCCAGCGAACAACAAAAGCCUGACCGUGAUUCCCUGGCCGGCGACUCUGGUUCCACGCCGAGGGCAAACCGAUUUUCCACGAUUUCUUCGCCUGGGACCCCCCCAAUUCAAGAGGCUCCUACUACAGAACUUGCAGCGAAGGCGGCCAUUAUGAAGUCCAAAUUGGAGGGCAUUCGGUCUUUGUUCAGCAUCGAAGUCGCUUUAGGGCUGGUUCAUGCAGCUAAAUCGAGCCUGGAGCGUGCGGCACGGUUUAUGGCAAUCGGGGGGGAGACGGGCGCAGCGGUCAAACAGCAGUGCGAGGCUAUAUUUGUCGCUCUCCUGCGCAUCCUAGGCCACGGUCACCUAAUUAAAGGUUUUGACAAGGCGGUCGACCAUCUUUCAGACUACCGGCCUCGCGAGCAAGGCGAUCGUGAUCAAUCCGGCGUCGAGCCGUUAGUAACAUUUCUCGAGCUCGUGAAUGUCGGUGACCUCAUUCUUCAGAUGAUUGAUGUCUUCUACGAGCAGGAGAUGAUUGGAUCGAAUAUCACUGAUCGAAAUGACUUUUUGGAUCCAGCGGUGAAAGAGAAGAAGAAGUUUGAGCAGAAUCUUGACGAACGUGUUGCGGCUGGGUUGAACAAGGGAAUCGAUGUCUUGAUGGAGGAGGUGGAUUAUAUCCUUGCCACAAGACAGCUCGCAACCGACUUCAACCCGGAUGUCUCUACUGACCCGCACCGAAAAACCAUGGAUGUAAGCGUUACCGAAGCCGCAGCCGCAGUGGUGGAUGUCGUUUCAUCGCAUACGCAGAUGCUCGUCGGGAGCACAGACAAGAGUACUCUUGAUGUGUUCAACCAGGAGGUUGGAUUGCGUCUCUUUACUGCUCUUUGUAAGCAUCUGAAGCGCCAGAGAAUCAGUAUCGAAGGAUCCUUGAAGCUGAUCAGUGACAUGAACCACUACUUCAAGUUCAUCCAGAGACUCAAAAACAACGAGCUGCUCAUCUACUUUAAGGCCUUCCGAGAGCUAUCACAGAUUUACCUCAUCGAUUCGUCCGAUGCAAAGGAACUAGCCAACUUCAUUGCUGAUGCAGGCCGGUUCUCUGGUAUUUGGCGAGUGGAAGAAGUGUACGAGUUCGCGGAGAGGCGAGCAGAUUGGUACCAAAUCAAGCGAGAUGUUGAACGAGCCAUGUAUGGAAUUGGGUGCAAUGUUAUGUGA